AUGAAAUAUCUUCGAAGCGCAAUGCGAAGGUCGAAAAGCCGAAAGCCUCCUUCGCUGCAUCUGAAAAUAGAACCAUCCAGAGAAACAUCCCCGCGCUGCUCGUCGGUCCUCUCGGACUGGGACGCCGACGACGAAGGCUUCAUGUCUUCUGGAGAUUUCUUGCCUUCAAGGCCACUGAGUCUAGCAAUACCCUCAGGUCCAUACUGCCCUCGAAGACCAACUUUACAAGAAGUUCUGUCGAACACCGCACCGCCACCAUGGACUCUCACUGCAUUUAUGCAGUACCUCUCGCAAAACCAUUGCCUGGAAACAUUGGAAUUUACUAUGGACGCCAAGAGAUACGAGAAGCAUUAUCGAGAUAUGGUGGACAGAGACCCCCACACCCCAGUGUCACCGCAAAGUCCAGAAUGUGAGUACGUGCGGAUGUUAUGGCAAAAGCUACUGGACGCGUACAUCGCCCCGAACGGACCAAGGGAGGUCAACCUUCCAUCCAAUAUUCGAGACCACCUGUUAUCACUACCCUGUGAACACUCACCUCCAGACUCAGCCGAACUUGACCCAGCCGUCAAGAUAAUCUACGAGCUUAUGGAUGAGUCCGUUCUUGUCCCCUUCCUCAAUUCUGUUGCGCCAUCACGUGGUCCGGAGACAUACUCAAGUCCUUGGGCAUCAGACGAGUCAAUGACAGAUGCUUAUAUGUCCGGUUCUUUGGAUGAGCGGUCACUGUCACCCGCGAAAUCUAGGAAUAGAAGAGAUGGAAGCCCACCUUCUGGAAAUGACGUUGUGGCUCAAUCACACAAUGGACCCUCCCCUCGACAUUCACACCAAUCUCAUCUGACCGCAGCUCUCGUCGGACGGGCUGGAGUUGCACGUCUUUCAACGUACCUCUCGGGAUCUUCUGGCACGUCAUCGGGAGAAGGGCCCGAAAUUAUGACUGACGACAGCACCGACUCACCAUCUCCCUCUACCACAGCCCUGGAGCCGAUGACUCCACCCAACACACCCCCCACGUCGAAUAUCACGUUUGACGUAUCGCCUGGUACGAGUCCAAGAACCGCUCGAGAAGGCAACAGCAGUUGGAAGAAGAUGGGUGCCAAGCUCGGAUGGAAGAAGAGUCGAUCAGGUCACGGUUCAGGCUCCAGCAGUUCACGAUAUCCAAUGGGAAGGGAGGGCGACGAUGGAUCGAGUGCUUUAUGA